AACGGUGACUCUUAAAGGGGUUCUUAUGCUAAUUUGUAAUUAAAAAAAAAGGAAAACAAAAAUUAAUUUAAGACCCGUGUCUUAAUUAAGAGGAGGAAGAGCCGAGUCUUGGAGACACGUGUUAGAAGAAUAGAGAGUUUGGUGUUUCUCCCCUUUCUCUCUUGCGAAGGAUCAAUCGACGAUUCAUCGAUUAAUCUCUUCCUCAGUUGUUCUGUCGACGAUUCAUCACCAAACCUCGGCGGUAAUGGCGACGAACAAAGGGGAAGUUUUGAUGCUGGAGGCGGCGCCUGAGGCUACGAAGCCUUGGGCAAGCGCGGCGAAUGCAGAGGCCUUGGGCUAUGAAGCCUUGGGCAAGCGAUUCAUCACCAAACCUCGACGUGAAGUGGUGCCAUCAUCUCUUGUGGAGAUUGCUCCUAUCCUCCGUGUAGCCAAUGAAGUAGAAGCUAGUAACCCUCGUGUUUCUUACUUAUGUCGGUUUUAUGCAUUUGAGAAGGCAUGUAAGCUUGAUCCCACAUCAAGUGGUCGUGGUGUUCCCCAGUUCAAGACUGCUCUUCUUCAGCGCUUAGAACAUGAGAAUGAAACAACUCUCGCAGGAAGCCAGCAGAGUGACGCACGCGAUAUGCAAAGCUUCUAUCAACUUUACUACAAGAAAUACAUCCAGGCUUUGCAAAACGCUGCUGACAAAGAUGACCGUGCUCAACGUACAAAGGACUAUCAAACUGCUGCUGUUCUCUUUGAAGUCUUGAAGGCUGUUAAGGAAGUGCCUGUUGAGAAGGCCACACAAAAGUUGAAGAAAAAAUCCAAAACGACGUGGAUCCUGAUAGUCAAAUUCAGGCUAUAAAGAGAUUUCCUAAGAUACAAGCUAUGGUUAUCGCACUUCGUAACACUAGGGGUCUACCAUGGCCAGCAGUUGGUCUCUGUUUUCCAGAAUGCAAAGACUAGCUCAGGGGCAGAACGAGGAGAUUGAAAAAGUUAAUCGCGAGAGGAAGUAUCAUAAGCUAUGCGCUAAAGCUUGGAAUGUGUAGCGGAUGAGAAACAUCUCUGUGGACUUCUCCCUUGGUUGAGAAAUGAACUCAAUGAUCUCCCUCCAAAUUUCAGUAUAAUCUGCAUACAUCAACCCCUCUACCAGUUUUUUCCAGACUUUCGCAGAGUAUCUACAAGCGAAGAACAGAUGUUGGCAUGAUUCUUGCUCAACUUGACACAACACACAUAACCCAUUUACAGAGCUGUCCCAUUGCUUUAUCCUAUCACAUGUUUGUAAUCGAUUCCUUAUGGCAACCCAAACAAGGAAAGAGUAUUUUGGGGUAGAAUAAGGAAACCAAACCCCUCUGCUCCAAUUACAAAUUGGAUAUGAUUGCCUCAUAUUCAGCCAAGUGAGUUUCGUAGAGAAUCUCUUUGAGUACUUUCCAUUGUCAUGCUUCCAAAGAGGCUGAUCUUCCUGAGCAUUUAUCCUUCUUCUCACAACUUCAAUCUCAUCCUCAAUAUCAUUUAACCUCUGAACCCGAUGCCUUCUUCUUCGAUGAUGGCUAAUAACCUCAGCUACUGUCUCAUUUUUCAUGAUCCCCAAAUCAAUACACCCUUCUCUACCUCUGAGGAAUAUUGUCAAGUGUCCCAGACUAGACCAAUCGUCAUACCAGAAAUAAGUAUUUCUCCCAUUAUUAACUUCCAUCCUGUGAUACAACAUAGCCAGAUCCCUCACCUUCAAUAAUUUUUUCCACAUCCAAGAUCCAGCAACAGAGCUAAUGUUGACAGACCAAAAAGAUCCCUUUCUUAUCAGAUAACAAUGAACCCAUCUUACCCAUAAUGAAGCUCGAUUAGAUGAUAAUCUCCAUAUCAGCUUUAGACACAGCACAAUGUUGACUUCCUUAAGCGGUCUUAUUCCCAAUCCCCCCUCAUUUUUUGGCAAACAAAGAUCCUUCCAACUUACUUUUGCUUUGCUCGUCUUUAGCUCAGGCCCCGACCACAAGAAAGCAGAACAGAGACUUUCGAUCUCCUUUAAACAGCUGCUUGGGAGUCUAAAAGCCGAGAGCCAGAAGUUAGCUAAACUUGUGAUGACUGAGUUAAUCAGUUGCAGCCUACCUGCAUGCGAUAAGAAUCUCCCUGUCCAUGACUUCAUUCUCUUCCUCACUUUCUCAACCAACGGCAUAUAAUCAUUCACCGACAUUCUUCUAGUAACCAGGGGAAGACCGAGGUAUCUCACCGGAAGAUUACCUGAUUCAAACGGAAAUCUGGUCAAGAUGUCUCUCUCUAUAUCCUCAGGAAUACCAGCUGUGAAGAGAGUAGACUUCUCAAGGCUUAUCUUAAGCCCCGACAUUACUGCAAACUCUUCAAAGAUCUCUAACACCCUCUCAAUUGAUCUUUUGGUACCUUCUGUGAAUACUAGGAGAUCAUCUGCGAAGCAUAAGUGGGUUAAGAGGAUAUUCUUACAUCUCGGGUGAUAACCUAUCUGCUUCCUCUCCGCUGCUGUAUCUAGCAUAUGUGACAACACAUUCAUGCAGAUUACAAAUAGAUAAGGUGAAAGUGCACAUCCUUGUCUAAAUCCCCUCUUACUCUGAAAGAAACCAGCAAGCUCCCCAUUAACUUGAACAGAAAAAGAAGGAGUGCAGACACAUAAUUCAAUCCAGUGUAUGAAUUGAUCCGGCAUGUUGAGGGCACGUAAAGUGUUGAGCAGAAACGACCAGUUAACAGAAUCAAAUGCCUUCGCUAUAUCAAUCUUCAUAGCACACCUUGGAGAAACAUCCUCCUUAUGAUAAUCUUUGACAAUCUCAGUUGCUAGCAGUAGAUUUUCCACCAACAAUCUAUCUUUUACGAAAGCAGACUGAUUAUAAGAGAUGCACUGAGGAAGUGUACCUUUUAACCGGUUUGCAAUGAUCUUUGAUAUUACUUUGUACAGCACAUUGCAACAUGAGAUUGGUCUAUAAUCCUUCAUCUCUACUGCACUGUUCUUCUUAGGAAUAAGAGCUAGGAUGGUAGUGUUUAACCCCUUAGGCAGAAACCCUUUACUGAAAAAUGAUUUAACCGCUGUGGUGAAAUCUUGACCAAUAAUACUCCAUGCUGCUUUGAAAAACUCCACUGUGUAUCCAUCUGGUCCAGGAGACUUAUUACUAGGCAUUUUGAACAGCACCUCUUUAAUCUCUUCAUCUGUUACCAAUUUGAUCAACUGGUUUCUGUCUUCUUCAGAACAACGAGACUUUACAAUCUCCUGCAUCUCUCCCACAGUUACCCUUCUGAUCUCCGUUGGUUCAUAGGUAAGGAAGUCAUUGAAGAAUCUUUCAGCUUCUUUCUUAAUCUCUUCUUGAGUUUUCACAAUAUUACCCGAUGAACACUUGAUCUCUCUUAUUAUAUUCGCCAUCUCUCUUAGUUUUGCUGCAUUGUGAAAGACUUUAUUGUUUCUAUCUCCUAAAUGCAACCAGUGCAUUUUCGAUUGCUGUUUAAGAACUUUCUCCUCAAUAUCAGAAAUUCUACUCCAUCUUUCAGCUGCAUAAAGUUCCUCCUUUAUGUUACUUUGUGUAGGAUCCAAGAACAACCUUUUCUGCUUCCCACAUAAAUCCAGAUAGGCUUCUUUAACCCUCAGAGAUAACCUUCCCAUCUUCUCCUUACUUAAGUUUCUAAUCAGAGGCUUCAAGGCCUUUAAAUACUUCGAGAAACGAAAUAAGGCAGAUGUAGACUGAAAUAAAGUCUGAUUUUCCUUCCAGAAAUCUUCCAUCAUCUUCAAAAAUUCUGGCAUUUCUGCAACAACAUUUGUGAAUUUAAAAGGUCUACGCUUCCCCACUGCUUCUGCUUUCAAAUGAAACCUUCCACGCAAGUGAUCUGAACAACCUCCCGCUUCAAAUACUCCAUAAGCUUGUGUGCGUUGAUUAAUCCACGUAUCAUUAACUAAAAAACGAUCCAAUUUUUUACAAAUAAGACCUUCUUCCUUCUUAUUGCACCAAGUGUAUUUUGGACCUUGACAACCCAAAUCAGUGAGAUUGCAAUAUUGAACAAUACUGUCGAAUUCUCUCAUCCCUACAUUGAUAACCCCUGAAUCCUGAUAGCUCGAGUGCUCCUCUCCUUCAAGUAUCUCAUUGAAAUCUCCCAUUAUGAUCCACUGCUUAUUCUUGAAUAAUGGUGAAUCCUGAUGGGCUUUGAUAUCUCCCCACAGCUCCCUUCUUUCUUCCACUGUAUUCUCUGCGUAGACAAAAGAGCAAAAGAACUCCUCUGUCUCUCCUUCUGCAAGCACUGAUACUGUCACUAUUUGGCUUGAUUUAAAAACCGGCGUCAAGCAAACUUGUGAACUCCACAGUAUCCAGAUUCUCCCUUUUCUACUAAACUCAUAAUUAUCAAUGAUAGACCAUCCCCUAAACAUCGUCGAAACAAUUUGCUGAGCUUUCUUCUCCUUUACUCUAGUUUCCAAUAAACCUCCGAACUGUAAUCCUCUUGAAUGAAACCAACUCCGAACCACUUCCUGCUUUGAUCUUUUAUUGAACCCCCUCAUAUUCCAGAAGAACCCUGUCAUUUAGAAAGAUUUGUGUUACUUCUCUUACCCAUAAGCACAUGCUUCUCUGAAAUAACUCUAUGUAAUGUUUUUGAUCUUCGCGGCAAGGAAGGUCUGAGCUUUGAUGCACUUGCCAAGUCAGGCCAGUUCUCUUGUGUAUUCUGUAUACCCACAAUACCCUGAUUCUGAAUUUCCACUACACUUCUCUUCUCUGCAUUUCCCUCAUUAGUGCUUUCAUCUGCCCCUUUUUUAAACCCUUCUUGCUCCUCAUUUUUUUUGUUAUUAACCUCUUCUAUAAUCUCUUCUUCAAUACUCAGUAUCUCUUCUAUCUCUACUAUUUCUUCCAUUUCUUCUUUCUCUACUGACUCUUCUAUCUCCUUUAUCUCAUUUUCCUUUUCACCUUGUUCAUCUACCUCCAUUAGAGGCGAAAACCGAGAUGGAGACAUAAUUACCACCUCACCAUACUUAAGAUUUUUACUUGCCUUCCCUGGUGUAGCAUCCAACCAGCCUUCAUCUAUUUCACCUUCCUCCUUAUCCUCCAUUACUCCUUUUUUCCCUUCAGACUUCUCAUUCUUCUCCCCUUUCUCAUUUGUUUCUUCAACAUCAAUCUCCUUCUCCUUAACUGCUUCAUCCUUCUUAUUCAUACCACAAGCUUUGUCUACAUGCCCCCACUUGCCACACGAUCUACAUCUUAAUGGCAGCCAUGGAUAUAUGAACUCAACUAAUGAUGACUUCCCAUUCUUCGUGAAGUUUAUUUUAUCAGGUAACUCCUUUGAUAAGUCAACAUUAACAAACACCUUCGCUAGCUUGAAAUUGGAGCAAGCAGCUGUCUCUGGAUGCAAUCUAACUGGAAAUCCCGCUGCACUUGUAAUAAAACUCAAUCCUUGCCAUGAGAACAUGUUCAUCGGAACGUUCUUAAGAUACACCCACAUUGGAAUAGACUUAAUCUCCGGUUUCUCUCUCAGCUCAUCUGGUGUCCAUUUAGUCACCACCAGUGGGAUGUUUCCUAUAUUCCACAUCCCGCGCCUUAGAAUUCUAGCUCUCAUUGCUGGACUUGAAACUUUGAAUUUCAUUGUUGUAUCAUCCACCGAGUAUACUUCAAUCUGCUUUGAUUCUCCCUGAGCCCAUAUUCUGUUUACUAUAGCAUGAACUCUAGCAAUAUGUGGAGCAGUAUCCAGAAAUUUACCAAUCAGAUAGUCCUCCCAUAAGAGAUUCGCCUUAUCAAUAAUAUCAUCUGGAACUUCUAUCGUCUUCUCUCCCUCCCUUUCUGUGAUCUUCAGAUCAUAUUUUUUCAAAACCUUCUUCUCCUGUGCUACUUCAAUCCAUGAUCCCCCAUUUCCAGAUCCCCUCGAAAGGUUCCCCGGCAUCCCUUCCGUCCUCACCGUUUAUUUUCCAACUCCCAAACUUCCUUCACGAACCUUCAUACUCCCCGAUCCCUCCAAAAUAGUUUUCGUACCCUCGAUCUCGUUCUGUUUCACCUGACUAGCCUUAACCCCCAUCGGAGAUCUUGGUAGUCCCGGUGGAUCCGCCGUAUCCAUCGUCGAAAGUUUCAAUCGCCAAAUCGCCUUUUUUUUUUCCGCCUAUCCCAAAACGAUCUUGAUGAAACCUAUGAUCCAAAUAUUAAUUCAAGAACCCUUAAUUAAGAAACCCCCAUUGAACUACUCAAAAUAGGAGUUUCUUAACAAAGGUUCUUAAGCUAUAUUUAUUACUAAAAAAGUCAUUAAGAGCUCCAUUAGGAGUUUCAGGGUUAAACAUGCUCUAACAUACUAAAAUCAGAGCAGAUAGUAAAUUCAAUUGGGAGCUUUAUAGAGAGUCAUGUUUCUUGAUUUCAGGGUCUUUUUUUGUUUGAUGGGGUUAAUUACAAGGUUAAACAACA